AUGGGCCACGAAGACAUUGCAUCAUUCUUCCUACAAAGUGCACCUCCCGACCUCUUGAAUGACAUCAGCAUCAGCGGCUGGUAUUCGAUGCUGAGACCUUGUCGCCGCGACGAAGUCCCAUAUUCCUGUCCGUCUCCAUGGGGAAAACCACACCUUGCCCAGAUGAUAUUGGACCGAGUCAAUCUGGAAACACAACUUGCAACCACUACUGCACCCGAGCAAGCCAAUUUGCUUGCUGUGGCAGCACAAACUGGAAACGUGGCUCUUACUCAACGAUUACUUGACAAGGGUUGCAGACCUGACUUGUCCAACAUGAGACUCACACCCGUGUCCCGGGCAGUGAAUAACGGGCACGCCGAAAUUAUAGAGGCUUGCCUUCGUUGUCCGGGGUAUCCAGUCUCCCAAUUUGACAUUGCUUCGGCGGCAAAAAAAGGAGAAACGGCUACUGUGCUCAGGCUUCUCGACAAACUUGGAAGAAAGGAUUACAAGAGUUUUGCCAAAGUUGCAUUGAAUGCGGCUUCACAUCUGGACAAAUUUCUACCUGUGAUGGAAAGUGUUUUCGAUGCUCUCUACAAAAAAGACGUGAAGACUGUAAUUUCGAUGGCGACAAGCUUCACUGGUCCCGAAACUUCGUGUGUAGGCCACUUGGAAGUUACAAAAUUCUUACUUGAGAAGGGACGCAAGCGACCAUUCGACGAGAUACCUAAGACGUUGUCAAACGACGUUGGAAAGAGCCUACCACGCUCCUGGAGCACGCAGCGGCCGUUUGCCCAGUUGCUCAGUUCCAAGCAGCACUUGCGCAAUGGAACUUUGAACUUGAUCCAGACGACGGUUAUUGCCAAAGAUGCACUUGUUGCCGCCGCCCUCCACAAGAAGGUUGAAACAAUUCGGCUAUUUAUUGAGAGAGGGUUCGAUGUCAAAUCCACAUACUUACACCGUGGGAAGCUCAUGUCGUUGCUACAUCUAGUCGUUGAAACACCGGUAGACGAUUAUGGUCGGGUUAUUGACAUGGAUGAUGAAAAAGCGCAAUUGCUCAUCGAGCAUGGCGCUGAAAUUGAUCAAGUGGACUCACAUGGCCGGACAGCUCUCUUCUUAGCUACAGAAAUCAGGACACUUGUUUUGGCAAGGGAGCUGCUCGAAUUGGGAGCCAAUCCCGUUUUCAGCAGGCCGGGCAAAGUCAGCCCUCUCGAGCUGGCCAUUUCCCAAGGCCAAACAAAAUAUGUGAAAGCCUUUUUGAAGGCCAUGGAGGCCCGUUCUUUCGCCUGUGACAAUUUUGUUAGCCUCAUUCCGGACGUUCCGCCAGUAGAGAUGCUACCAAAUAGAGCUUCUCAUGAUCGGUUUUCUGUCUCUUCGAGAAAUCUAUUGCCGCAACGGGGAAUGCUUGCUCGAGAUGGACAUAUGGGACCCACGAUAACCAUUCCAUCGCCUUCUGGGGAAAUUGAUAGGCGAGACAGCACGAGCUCGGAAGACAUAAGCACAGAUGACGAGACCAUUAGGGCGGGGCCUCCAACUUCGGAAGAUAAUUUCCUAUCAAUUUGGUCUGCAACCGAGGACGAUGAGUGUGUUGGCGAUCUACGCUGGGUACGGUUCUUUAUCGCAAAGGCCAUGACUCAACAUCACUGGAGAAUGAUGUACCCAGUGCCAGUUUAG